CUCAUAUUUCGGUCGCAUUUUUCUAAAUUUCUGAACUUUUACAGUUUUUGUUUUUAAAAAUCCCUCUUGAUUCCUUAUCUGCCAAAAUGCAAAAUAAUAUUGCGAAAGGUAUUUGCGGAGCCGCAAAAAACUUUCGUUCGCAAAUUACUGUGACCAGAGGACGAGGUUUCAUGGCUGGAAAAUCCAAAUUUUGCUUCUUACUUGAGAAGUCUAAUGAAAGCGACGAAGGCUUUCGUCAAUUCGAUGCACUCUCUCCAUCUGCUUUAACUCAAAGAAUUGGUUUAACACGCGCUUCAGUACUGCAAAACUCAAUAAGUGUUCUGCCAGACAUCCGUAAGAAAAGUAAUUGCAAUUCGGAAAGGAUAAGGAAUCAACUCGCACUUCAGCCCAAAGUAGUUAAAGCUACCUUAAGUGCCCAGCAAAUACUCUAUUCUAUUGCUACCGGAAUUGGUGAUACAACUACCACAACUGAUCACUCGAUUUGUGGUAUUUGCAAAACGCGCCCUUGCUGUUGUUAUAGAAGGUUCAACGGCAAGUUUUAGGAUUGCUGCGGGUCUUACGGAUGAAUGAAACAAAUUAGCAGAUUAGCUUACAAUCUGUUGGGAAUUCACAAAAUAAUAGUCUUGGAAAUUUGUUCCAAAUGGAUCUACUGGUGCUCAUACAUAUGAGUUAAUUAUUUCCUUAUUCAAUAUCAUAACAAUUAUUAUUAACGAUUGAAACGUUGUAAAAGUUAUUAUGAUAUCAAAUCAGGCGAUAAUUAACCCAUAUAUGGAAGAUCUGGAGCGGCAUCCAUAUUUUGAACAAAGUACAAUUAUUAAAACAAAAAAAAAAACAAAAAUCAAUAACACAAAAAUAAUAAAGAACCAAA